GAUCUUACCAAUUAAUAUCUACAACACAACAAAACAUCUUCUCAUCUGAUCUCAACCAUGAAUACAUCAUGGUUUUGGAUAGCCCUUGCAGUGUUCGCAGCGGUUUCUAUCUUUCUGAAGAAGAAGAGUAAAAGGUUGCCGCCCGGUCCCAAAGCGGUGCCGAUAUUAGGGCACCUCCAUUUGAUUGGAAAAGAUCCCCACCAUGAUUUCCAAAAGCUAUCCAAAAUCUACGGUCCUAUUAUGUAUUUACGCUUCGGGUUUGUCGACAACAUCAUCGUAUCGUCCCCUCAAGCCGCCCAGCAGUUUCUCAAAACACACGACCUCAACUUCGCCUCCCGACCACCUCAAGAAGCCCCCAAGUACAUCUCCUACGACCAGAAAGAUUUGGCGUGGAGCGAAUACGGUCCGUAUUGGCGCAACAUGCGAAAGCUCUGCACUUUGGAGCUCCUCAGCAAUCUAAAGAUCGCUUCUUUUCAAUCCAUGAGAAGAGAGGAAUUGUGUCUUCUCGUGGAAUCAUUCAAGCAGGCGGCUUUGGAUGGGGCGGCUGUUGAUUUGAGCUCCAAGGUUUCUUCCAUGAGUUCCAACAUGAGUUGUCGGAUGGUUUUUGGGAAGAGGUACGAGGAUAAAGACCUCGGCGACAAGGGGUUUAAGGCUGUGAUAGAUGAAAUUCAGUAUUUGGCUGCUGUCCCUAAUCUUGGGGAUUAUUUCCCAUAUCUUGGUAAGCUUGAUUUCCAGGGUUUGACUCGAAGGAUGAAGGCCGUUGCCAAGCUUUGUGAUGACUUUUUUGAGAAAAUCAUUGAUGAACGCGAACAAGCUGAAAACAAUGGCGACACAAAAGGCACCAAGGAUUUUGUUGAUACCAUGUUGGAGAUUAUGAAAUCUGGAGAAACUCCUUUUGAAUUUACUCGCGAGCAUGUCAAGUCCACUAUGCUAGAUAUGCUUGUAACUUCGAUGGACACAUCAUCUUCUGUGAUAGAUUGGACAAUGUCUGAACUUCUUAGACAUCCGAAAAUCAUGGAGAAAGUCAAGGAAGAAAUCGAGAGACAUGUAGGGUCUAAUAGGAUGGUGGAAGAGGAGGACUUGGAGAGCUUGGAAUACUUAGCAAUGGUGAUAAAAGAAUCAUUAAGGAUUCAUCCGGUUGCACCACUACUUCUCCCUCAUGCAGCGAUUGAAGAUUGUGUAAUUGAUGGCUUUCACAUACCCAAAAAAGCAAGAAUUUGGGUAAACUAUUGGGCAAUUGGGCGUGAUCCAAAUGUAUGGAGUGAUCCAGAGAAGUUCACUCCCGAAAGGUUUAAGGGAAGUCAAAUUGACUAUAGAGGUCGUGAUUUUGAGUUUAUUCCAUUUGGAUCGGGGAGGAGAAGUUGUCCGGGUUUGCAGCUCGGCGUAACAGUGGUUCGACUAGUGGUGGCAAACCUAGUUCAUUACUUUGAUUGGAAUCUUCCAAAUGGGAUGCUACCCGAUGAUUUAGACAUGACUGAGGAACUAGGUGCUGUGGUGAGACGAGCUAAGAAUUUAAUAGCGGUUCCUACCUAUCGAUUAAAUGUUUAGUCUCUUUUAUGUUUGUUAACUAGAAAUAAAUCAGCAAGAAACUCUUUUUCGAUAAAUAAACAAGUGUUGGGAGUGUAUCUCAAACACUUAUGGUAAUUGGUCAAGGAACAUGGGUACGUACAUGGUUGGUGUAGACACCAUCUGAAUACAGUUUUUAGGUCAUCCCUAUUUGGUCUUAUUAUUGUGGAGUCUUAUAAAUCUGUAUAUGUUCAGGAGUCCUGCUUAUAUGGAUCCUACAUAAACAUCCCUAUGUUUGAAAUCAAUAAAUAUACCUGUUUAUGAAUAAAUUUAAUUACUUUUUA